CGAACAAGCACUCCAUAAGGUCGGUUUGUUGCUGCAUCUGAUGCCAUCUCACCGAGAGGACAAAAGCCAGACAUGUCUGGAAGCUUGCAUUCGACGAUGGAAAACGAGAAGCCGCCACCAUAUGUUCAGUAUCUCCCGGCAGAUGCUACAGUCACCUUGGUCCAAGGCGAGCCAGUGCAGUCGGCGAGAUCAGAAAACAGAGCACGGUCGCCUUGGUGCACACACAAGAGAAUAUUCGUAUGUUGUGUUCCCGUCUGCCUGGCUGCCACAGUGACUGCUUUAACACUGUUCUUAUUCCUUGGGAACAAGUCAUCUUCAACGGCAGAAAAUGUUAAAGGAUUGGUCUCAGAUCUACCUGAAGUUGAGAACCUGGCUCUACUAUCAAUUGUGGGCAACUCUAUCGUGGUUACCUGGAAGCGUCCGGAAGCUCGUUUUGACUACUACUGGGUCAGCAUUAGGGAGCACAGUGGCAAAGCCAACGCUACCAUGAAACAGCACGAUUUGGGCUCCUGUGCCAACGGCACCAUCAUCCAUCCAACCCAGAACCGAGUCACCUGCAGCAACAUCGAUACUUGCACGAACGUCAGCUUGAGUGUGCGUACACACGAAAACGGACCGCCAGAACGCACAUCUCGAGGAGCUGAAAUAGGAGGCAUAUUUAUUGCCGGAGAAGAUCCAGAUCCCCCGAAGAACAUCACAGUGGUAGGGAUAUCGCCUUCGCUCACCCGACUACAGUGGGCGCCACCGGCUACAUUGUCCCGAAUGUUUAGAUACACAGUUAAAUUGUGCGACAAUUUUACUUCGUGUAACGCAGACGAACGCUUGUCUGGUUGCAUAGACCAGGAGACGUCACAGACCUCGAUGAAAUUUGAAAGCAACGUGAGCACGAAAUAUUGCGUCUUUGUUGUCGCAAGUGCCGAAUGCGGGGCCCACGUGAUGAGAAGUCGUGCAUCCGUAGCUGAAAUAUGGACACCGUCGUUUGCGCCACCUGAAAUUACUGACCUCAGCCUGGUUAACGUAGGAGAGAACAACUUCACCGUGACGUGGAAGAGGCCCAUGGCGAGGUUUGACUACUACCUCGUGGUGCUGAGAGAUAUCGAGCACACAAUCGUACCUGAUGUACCCGUGAAUGUGGGUUCAUGCGCAAAGGGCACAAUUCUUCACCCGGACCAAACGGAAAUAACCUGUAACCAGCUUGAGCCUUGGAACACAUAUUCGUUUGAGUUGCGAACGCACAUCAAUGGACCGCCUGCACGAAGCUCUGUUGGCGUUAGGAAGACCAUUGUAACGAACAAAAAAGCUGAAUCCGAGGUGUCCAAUCUGAAAAUUGUAAACAUCACUGCAACAUCUUUCGCUGUGUCCUGGGAACGACCCAAAGAGUGCAUCGAAUACUAUACUGUAGAGGUCACUGACCACAGCAGUGGCAGCAUUGGCGACAGACUCUACGGUGUUGUGUCGUGCAACAACGGGGCUCCUAUUAAUCCGAGGCAGACGAGUGUCACCUGCACCAAAUCUGACAUGUGCACCACCAUCAGUGUCCGAGUGAAAACACACACGAGAGGCCCUCCGGAACAUGCUUCACCUGGAAUAACACUGGAGAAUGUCCUGAUUCCUGGAACAGGGCUUCCUGAAGUGACUGACCUCAAGUUGGUAGCCAUCAAAAAUGAUUCUUUCAUCGUCACAUUUCAUGCGCCAAAGGACUGCGUGGACACAUUCCAUUAUAACAUCACUGAUCACAGUUACCCUAGUCGCAAAGUGAACCACAGACCAUGCUUUCACGACAGCAUAACAAAGCCAAACACUUUUCAGGUCACAUGCAUUGGAGUUGAGGCGUGUGGCAAAGUGGAUUUUGCAGUGGGGUCACAUAAAGCCGAACCACAUAUACCUGAUUCUCCCGGGGUCGCGCUGCGCGGUAUCUUCAUCCGUGGUAAAUGUCACGGAUAGUGUUUGCUGUCAAAUUUUUGCACUUGAUUUUUUAACUCAUGAAAUAACUUGUCCGAGUCAUUAGGCGUACUACAAUCCGGAGACAGAAAAACAAAGCGGAGCAUUUGUAAUCUUGUUGCUAGUGCAGUAGGGACAGCGGUACAAUUUACGAUAGACCUAUUCGCCCACAGA